UUGGUCAGAAAAAAUAGCGCCAAGCUUGAAAAACAAAAUAUUUUCAGAAGUAUCAGGAUGACUCCCAAAAGAGAUCUUUGUCUAGAGGCAUGUGGGAGCAGAAAUAGUGAUGUAUUUUUGGAGUUCAUACAUACCCAUAUAAGCAGCAAGACUGAUGUUGUAGACAUUGAGGAGAUGGUCGCGACAUUAAGUGUUCAACAGUUGAAUGACAUGUGGCAAGAUUUAAAACAUUUAACAACCAAUCAGCUGCUAGAAUGGGCUGACAUUGAACUUGAUGAACACAUGGAUCAAGAGAAGAAAGCGGAAGUACUUAAUGGUGUUAUAACACUAGCCUUGGCUAGUAUUAGCCCUGAGGCUCCCAAUGUGCCUCAGCCAUUCUUUGAGACCGUUGCAUUAUUACAUGGUGUUUUGUUGACCUUACCAAGCCAGUUGGACAAUGUGAAGACAGAUAUAGUUAAGCUGUGUGAAGUAUGGUGGCAUAGAGAUCUUGAGGGCAAAGAAGACCUGGCUAAUUCUACAAUUAUGUGCCUGUUGAAACAGAGUUUGCAACACAAGGCUCCUCAAAACGAUGUCAAGCGUGUGUGGGGAAUGCGGGCUGCAUUGGGCCAGGUGGAUUUCACGAGUACAGCUAGCGAGGAUCUGCGAGAUCUUCUUACUCAAUGCAUCAUCAGCCUCAAUUAUCUUAAACUCGAUGAGGGCCGUCGGUUUCUUGCAUACAUAUUUGGGAUGAAUCCCAAUUUUAUUGAAGACUUACACAAAACUAUCAAAAACCAACUACCAGGCUGCUCAAGCUGUCUACUAGAGUGGUAUGGUGAGGUGUAUUUUAGAGCAUGGAGGUCGGCUACAGGACCAUACCUCGACAAAAUUGAGCAGAAUUGUAUCCAAGACCUCAUGUACCAUGCUAUACAUCUACCUAGAACCUCAAGCAAAAACCUAGCAGCAUCAUUGGGGAAGGUGCUUCACUACAUCCAUGGCCAGAAGAAACAGAGGGGAGUAGAUGAGAUGCUAUUGAGGCUCUAUGACCCAAUCAUAUGGCGAUCAUUGAAGGUGGCCAACAGUACAAUACGUGGUAAUGCUGUUUCUCUCUUGAUUGAUGCUUUCCCGCUACAGAACCCUGACUCAACUGUUGAAGAACUCGACUUCAUCAUGCAGAAGCAAUUUGACGCUUUAGAUACGCUUCUGAAGGACCCAUGUCCUAGUGUUCGCGCUACUGUCGUGUACGGUGUAUGCCAUAUCUGCAAUGUCUACUGGGAGUUGAUUCCUACACAGAACAUAAAGACCUUCAUUGUACAGUUAAUUCAGGACCUUGCUUGGGAUGUUGGCGCGCAGGACGUCAGAAUUGCUGUAUUCAAGGGUAUCACACUGCUAUUGGAUAACCACAUGAGCCACCCUCUCUUGAAACCUGUUCUCCCAAAGCUACAAGAUUUCCUCCAUGACUCCUCAGAGAAAGUGCGAAUUGCUGUCUUAGACAUGCUCCUCAAGCUGAAAACACUGCGGACAAUAAAGUUUUGGCAGGUUGUACCAACAGAUCAUUUAUUGGCAAGAUUAGAGGUGGACAGUGCUCCUGUAUGUAGACGGAUCGUUCAGUUGACCCUUAAUAGUUAUAUGCCCCUAGAUAAACCCUCAGAUGUGCAAGUCACUCGUACCCUUACCCUGGUGCAGUCCAACCCUGCAGCUGCUAGGUGCUUCUACAAGUAUGCCAGUGCCUCAGUGCCAAUCAAUCAGAUAUGCAAGUUUAUUGUGCUGCUCUAUCGUUGUGUAAUCCGUUGUGUCCAGAAGACAGACAAUGACACCUUUGAUACUGGAGAGGAUAAAGAAAAUGAGAGUUUUGAGGCUAACUUUGAUGGAAUGAAAAAUUCUGAGGUUGUGGUUGGACUGCUAGAUACAAUAGCUGUUUUGUGGAAUGGUAUUGCGAUUGAUCUUGAUAAGCCUGUCCACAAGAACAUGAAGAAGAAGCUUUGUAACAGACUGAGUGGUGCUAUACAAGAGCUCUUUGAGGCAGUGGAGGAUAGCAAAGCCCUGUCAGCAUUACUAGCCAUAUCUGCUCAUUUGCCUGCUAACACUAUUGACACUUUAAGUGAGAGUUGCUUAGAGCAGGUCCGUUGUAUUGACAAUGGUGAUAUAGAGAACUAUGGGUCUGUGCUGGUUGCACUGUGCUACUGGGACAAGUCACAACAAUUGUUCCAUGUCUUCAAUGGCUGGAUUAGAGCUGGCCUAGAGUUACUGAAAAAUAUGGGACAACAGAAGAGUAAGGGCACACAAGCAGCCAAUGUAUUGACACAGCUUGGACUUGGGAUUGAUUCUCUCUCUUACCUCACCAAACACUCAGUAUGCAGACAGUUACUACUGCAGAACAAAUCAAAGUUACUGUUGAGCACAAGGGAACUGCUGAAACAAUCAAUGGUUUGUCUGGAGAAGCGGUUCACCAACGUUCAGUAUGGUGAGAUGGCAGAUACACUUCUUGUGAAUGCUUUCCAGGCGUAUUGUAAAAUCUCUGUCAUAUUACAUGACUUGGAUGAUAAUGACAGGAACAUGAUUACAAUAUUUGAGCAAAUACUCACAUGGAUGGAUGUAGAGGUGGUAGGAUUGGUCAAACCAAUGGAGCAAAAUGAAGAACAAGAGGAGAGAAAUCCUGAACAAAUUGAUGACUCUGUAAAGCACAUAGCAGGAAAACUUGUUGAGAUUGUGUUAGGCGUCGCAUGUGAUAUGUUGUUGGUUGGCAUAUGUGAUGAUGAAUUCUCAAAUCAGUUGACAAACUUUGCAAUACCUUUGCUUGAAACAGAUGACUUCCUGCCCCAUAUAUGUAUGCUGCUGUACCAACUGACAGAAUGUACAGUUCUGUUGACAGAGGCUGAAACUGAUGAGGGGGUUGGGCUUCACAAUGAUGUCAUACCUGACCUUUUCAGUAAGGUCAUACAAGCACUCUCCAAGACAGUUCGCAAAAAUGCAAAUGGAAAAUCAAAUGUGUUCACAAGUCUCAGGUCUUCCACAUAUGGUGCCCUAUCAUCGUAUUAUUGUAAUAGGGUGAAUCCAGAAGAUGGGGGUAGAGACAUCAUGGCUACAGUCAUGGCUGCGACAAUUGCGGAGGUCACUUCACAAAUAACAAAGAAACAGCGUGUAGGUGCAUAUGAAAACAUACAGUCUCUUCCCUCUCUGUCUGCCUUUCUAAUAGGGAUGAUCUCACGACGCAAAGAAACAACCAGACUGUAUGUGAAGGAGUUGGGGGAAUGUAUAAAAAGUGGAGCAAUCCAGGAAACCAGUGGACAAUUAGCAUGUACACAGAUUUUAGAUGUCAUAGCUAAAGCCAAGAAGAACAUUGAUGGACUGAAAACCUGUUUCGAAGACCUUCAAGUAGGAUUAACUGAGCCUGCGGAAGAAGUAGAUGAAGGUGAUGAAGAAAAACUACUCGAAAAUAAAAUCAGAGCAUCGACCAAGAACAUCAUAGACGUUGGUUUAGCAUAUUGAAUCGCAGUGAUAAUGAGAGCUAAUCUCUAGAACAUGGAGUCUAAACCAUUAAAGAACACCUACUUAAUGUUAAACGAGAGCGUGAAGACAUUUACAGACUAUUAAAUACAAGAAAAAAAGUCUUAAUUAUUUUAGUAUGCUACCAUUUAAUAUACAGCAGGGUUAAAACCUGGAGAAAUGCAAAAUGUGGUUCUCCUAUACCAUUUGGUAUAAUAUUAACAAUAACAAAUGGUUUAUGUAAUCACAAACCUAAAAAUGACUGUAUAUAUUUACACUUUAUAUACAAAUUCAAGUAAAAUGAACACUGUAUAGCGUAUACUGUAUAUAUAUAUAAGCACUCCUCGUAGACGGAGCAAAAAUAUGUAUAGGAAGGAACAUGAACUGUAUUGCAUUAUAAUAUCUGACUAGUUGUCCUAUACUAUUAAACAGUAUUGCUUGAUUAAAGGUAGGAAUUUUCCACUGUGUUUAAUUGUGAAAGCUUUAUCUCAAGUUUGGCUUUGUCUUUAAGAGCUUGUCUUAGUCUUGAGUUCAAUUGCACCAUUGCCUGCUUCCACAUGUAAACUAUCUCUUCUUUACUGACAUUGUCCAGUUUUAUACUUUCAAUAUCUUCUGUAUCACUGUCGGACAUUCCUGCUUCUACAUUUUUUUGAUUACUCGAUAUACUCUGCCUGAAAUUUUGCUUAACUCUGUUAUCCUUAAGUGGAAGAGUUUUCAUACUCUCCGGGAGAGAGGAAGUCAAAUUACGCCAGUUUCCACCACGGUCUUUUUUUGGAAGAAAAUCAGUAGUUCGAGUAUUUUUAUUCAUUGCAUUACAAGCAAAUAUUUCCCCUGUUGGUGAGAGUAUUAACACUCCAUUUGGCACUUCUCCAUUCGACAUUGUCUCCUCCGCUUCUGAAGAGCUCCUGCCCAAGUUGUUGUGCACAGAAUCGGGUGGAGAGCCACUACUUGCAGAGUUUAUCUUGCGAUACUCGAGUAUCUUCGGUGGCUGUGCUACCUCCCUAAUUGUCUGCUGUUUCUUUGAGCCUUUUCUUGAUUUUACACUACUGCUUUGUACACUGCUGCGUCGUGAUAUGAUAUCACUUCCUGCCGAUUCACUAUAUGCCAAGUUUGCGUGUGUGUUUGGGGAAUACGAUGUCUCAUUCUCAUUAGAGAUUAUACUUUCCCCAUCCUCCGCGAUCCACUCCGCCUCCCAGUCUGUUGGCCAAUCAUCUUCAUGACCAAGAUCAUCCAAGAUAUUAUUUAUACUUGCUUCAGAUUGUUCUCCUCUGAGAGCAUUUUCAAAGUAACUAUCUAUUGCAUUAAUAUUGCUUUCACUGAUCGCACUCCCUGCCUCACUACCACUGAUAUUAUCCAAUGAUUUUACACUGAGUUUCUUGAAUUGGAACUCUUGUUGUAUUUCCUGCAUAGUUGGUCUUCGACGUUUCCCCUGGGCUUGCGUCAGUUCGACGGUUUGUUGCCAACGUAACUGGUCCACAAGGUUGAAGAAGUCAUUCUUCCUUUUCACUACCGGGUUCUUAUCUUUCUGAAAUUGCAUUCACAUUUUUGUUUAAUUUUAUGUGAGAGAAUAUAUGGAAUCUAGAAACAAUAAUUUCAAUAUGCCACAUAAACUGAAUCUAAACCUGCUUUUGUAAUGACACCAUAAAAAUUCACAGAUUUGUGAAAAUCAAUUAUUGUAAGCAUUCUGGUUAGAUGGAUAUAUUGCAGUAUGUUAAAUAUAUAAUCAUCUUGUUUUGUAUAAUGCUAAAGAACAAACAAAUAUAUACAUACAUUAAUAUCAUGUAAAAACAAA